GAACCCGAAAACAGCAUGGAUGAUUACGGAUCGCGAGAUCGUGCAGGCUCUACCAUAAAAUAAAUCCUCUCUAUUAUAAAAGCGCACCACCGGUGCACACUCCACACUCUUCGCUAACGUACGCCACUCUCACUCUCACCAAUCUCCACCAUGGCUAUGUCACUCCAACUCUGCCGCGUACCUCUCCGCUCCUACCUUUCCUCCGACAAUCGCAUACCUCCCCGCCGCCGUAUAACCACCGUGUUCUUCCGCUGCGCCGGCGGUGAUGGCUCUACUUCUUCAGACUCUUCGGAGUCUGGAUUUGACGCCAAAGUGUUCAGACAUAAUCUGACAAGAGGCAAGAAUUAUAAUCGCAGAGGCUUUGGUCACAAAGAAGAGACUCUUGAACUCAUGAAUCGCGAGUACACCAGUGAUAUAAUAGAGAUGUUGAAGGAGAAUGGAAAUCAGUAUACAUGGGGAAAUGUUACAGUCAAAUUAGCAGAAGCUUAUGGAUUUUGCUGGGGAGUAGAGCGAGCUGUUCAGAUUGCUUACGAAGCCAGAAAACAAUUUCGAGAUGAGAAGAUUUGGAUUACUAAUGAGAUUAUUCACAAUCCGACAGUUAAUAAGCGGUUAGAGGAGAUGGAAGUUGAAAACCUUCCUGUUGAGGAAGGGAAGAAACGGUUUGAAGUUGUAAAUGGUGGUGAUGUCGUGAUUUUGCCUGCUUUUGGAGCGGCGGUGGAUGAGAUGUUUACUUUGAGCAACAAAAAUAUACAAAUUGUUGAUACAACUUGCCCUUGGGUGUCUAAGGUUUGGAAUGCUGUUGAGAAGCAGAAGAAGGGAGAUUAUACCUCAAUUAUUCAUGGGAAAUAUGCUCAUGAGGAAACUGUAGCAACUGCUUCUUUUGCAGGAAAGUACAUUGUUGUGAAGAAUAUGAAAGAGGCAAUGUAUGUGUGUGAUUACGUUCUUGGGGGUGGACUUAAUGGAUCUAGCUCAACCAGAGAGGAAUUUCUGGAGAAAUUUAAGAAAGCAGUUUCCAAGGGGUUUGAUCCUGACAGUUACCUGGUUAAAGUUGGCAUUGCAAAUCAAACUACAAUGCUCAAGGGAGAAACAGAAGAGAUUGGGAAAUUGGUCGAGAGGACCAUGAUGCGCAAGUAUGGAGUGGAAAAUAUAAAUGAUCACUUCAUAAGCUUCAACACCAUUUGUGAUGCUACUCAGGUGCGACAGGAUGCAAUGUAUAAUCUGGUGGAGGAAAAGUUGGACCUUAUGUUGGUCGUUGGUGGGUGGAACUCAAGUAACACCUCCCACCUUCAAGAAAUUGCUGAGCUCCGUGGAAUUCCUUCAUACUGGAUUGACAGUGAACAGAGGAUAGGCCCAGGAAACAGAAUAGCUUAUAAGUUGAAUCAUGGGGAGUUGGCUGAGAAAGAGAACUGGCUUCCAGAAGGUCCCAUUACAAUUGGUGUGACAUCAGGUGCCUCUACACCAGACAAGGUUGUUGGAGAAGCCCUUGUCAAGGUGCUCGGCAUCAGCGGCGAGGAAGGCUUGCAACUAGCAUGAUUUGAAUCGGUGUGCAUAUACAGAAGCAUUUGAGAGCGCCAGGCAGAUAAUGUAUCGUUUAACACAGGAUCAAUGUAUCAGCAAAAAGAGGUUAGCAAAGAUCCAUAUAGAUAAUACCUUUCCAUGUACUUGAGUUAUUGAGUCGAGCUCACAACGUUAGCCAUAUAGAGGUUGCAGUGGUAAAACAGUGCUGAGUGAAGCCUCUUAGCGACUAUUCUUCUUCCACAAGGAGGAGAUCUCUUACGUGAUAAUAUAAUAUAUACCAGACAAAAAUACUCGUCA